AUGAUUCGUCGUUUUGUGAUUGUUGUCUGCGAGUUAGUGUCGGUCGACACCAGAGGUCGAGUGUUGACCGACACCAUGGAGGUGUCGCUCGAAACCAGUACUUUUGUGGCUGUUGUUCGUUGUUUGCUGGUUAAUGUUUUCUUGUCUAGUGUCUUGCGUAAUUGGCAUGGUUUUUUCCUUGCGCCGUCGCCGCUGCCGGUCUGGCCUCACGCCACCGGUGAGAACCUUCUUCUUUCUUCCUCCUCUUUGUCUUUGUCGUUCGCUUUGGUUCAGGCUCCGCUGCGUCUCAACCCUCCGCCAGAUCCAGAUCCGCCGCACCCAGAUCCUCCUCCAGACCCUCCCGAUCCUCCAGAUCUCGCCUCCUUCAAUUCUGCCGUCCUUGGUCCCCCUGCUACACCGUCUCGCCGCAUCCUUUCCUCGGUGAAUCUUCGUGUCCUCUUCGCCAUGACGGUUGCCGUUGCUGGCGAUCCUCUGUCUAAGUCGCCGGAGCUCUUCCUCGACGUCCCUCCACCGCCUGUUCUGCAGCUUCUCGCUCAGUCUCUAGGUCGUAGAGUUGUCUGUCUCAAGCUCAACUCCUUCCCUCUCCUACGUCUCUGA